CCGUGCUCGAGAAGCUAAACCGCUGCUUUUGCAUUUGGCGUGGGAUUUUAUUUUUUGGUGCCGCUCGCUUUUUACGUUGUUUUUAAUCAUUUUUAAAGUAAUGGGCUCAUCGCAAGAGGCUGAUAAGACGCUGUUUGUCGGGAAUUUAGAACCCCGGGUCACCGAGGAGUUGCUGUUCGAGCUGUUUUUACAGGCUGGACCUUUGAUUACAGUGAAAAUUCCCAAGGAUCGUGAUGGAAAGGCCAAGCAGUUUGCUUUUGUGAACUUUAAGCAUGAGGUGUCGGCGCCCUAUGGGAUGAACCUUUUGAAUGGAAUGAAGCUCUUUGGGAGACCCAUCAAAAUCCAAUUCAGAUCAGGCAGCUCUCAUGGCACACAGGAGCAGGGCAGCCCUCUGAAUUCACAGAACUCGAGCCCCUCUAGCACGCCAACACACCAGGGAGCCGGCAGGUUCGGUAUGGACGGUAUGCCAAAUCGAGGCUUUGCGUCUCCUCAGAUGGCCCAGAGGUCCUUGUCAUCCCCUGACAGCCUACAGAGGCAUGCGGUGAUGAACAGCAUGUGGCAGCAGCGACAAGUGAAUGGAGCCGCCUCACCUCUGAUGCAGCCCGGCUUCAUGUCCCCUGAGCAGCAGCAGCCGACGGCACCACCGCCAUCACACAGAGCAGGCAAUCAGUGGCAGCAGCAGCUACAGGACGCCACAGCACAGUGCCACGGCAGGCAGGGCCCACUGCCGUACCCGCAAAGCAGAGGGCACUACGGACGGGAUGCCCACUUUUCAGAUCCUGGGCCCGACCGUCAUUACCGGGGCCAGCGGGAGGAUUACUACCAUCAUGAUGACCGGGUGGCCCACAGUCAUGGCCGAGAGUACCAGAGCAGCAGCAGACGAGACAACAAAUGGCGCCAGUCACGAUACUGAGGGAGGAUUUUAUUUGUUUUAUUUUUUAUUUUUUAAUCUUGGACAAACUAAAAAAGAAAAUGACUUUGGACAAAGAAAACAAGUUUUAUGUAAUCGGGUGGGGGGGGGGGUUUACUGAGCUCUGGCCUACUUCGUCACCUUAGAGAAGGUGUGCCAGUGGGCAUCUAAUCACGUUCAGAAUGUCGAUUUGUGCCUCAGUACAGACUGGCUCUAUUCUGUUCUUUUUUUUUUUAAUCAUUAUUAUUAAUUCUCGUCAUUCUGUUAGUGAAUCAGGAGCUGAACUGACAAAGGGGCAGCAGUUGAAGCCUGGGGGCACUAGACUGGCCUGCCUGCCUGCCCUGCGCUGCUGUUUCCUUUGGGUCCCGCAGGCCGGACUGAACCCCAGGACCCCCUUGCUGUUCCACUCCAAGGGUGCAGCUGCCUCUGAGAGUGCAUUUCCACCAGCAGACCCCGACCAGGUCUAUUUUUCCAGGUAUAUAUUUCUAUACAGUAGGUCGCAUUUUAUGUUUGAUUGGGGGGGGGGGGGGAGGGGGGUCUCGGUGUUUGGGGGUCCUUUUUGUUACUACUGUUUUUAUUUCUUCCUUGUGGGUCUGAAUGUUAUUAAAAAAAAAAAAAUCCAAAUUGGGCGGGUGGGGGGCUUAGGAAGACCCUUGUUAGUGGAACCUCUUGGUUCUUCCAGAACUUUGUCCCUUUUUCAGCUACCACUGCACAAGGAGUCCUAAAACAAUGAAGAAUUACCUUUGACCUUU